GCAGAAUCAAAGUUAGGAGAAAAAAGACACACACACACAAAAAAAAGGCAUAAAAAAUUAGCCUCCAUUUCUCCUUUCAUUUUCCCAAAACUUCCUUCUCAACAUCUUUCUUUCUUUUACAAUUGAACAACUUGGAACUCUGUAUAAAUCCAUAUCCAUCUUCCCAAAAUCUUGAGUUUCAUACUCUCUUUUUUUUUUUUUCUCCAAUUGAAAAAGAAAAGAGCUGUACAAAUUUUGAUGCUAAGAAGAUAGAGCUAAAAACGAUGGCGUUUGAUCUAGAAUCUUUGGCAGAGGCAACAUCAGGAGCCAUUGGAGCUCUUGUCAGCACCUCCAUUUUAUACCCACUUGAUACUUGUAAAACCAAGUAUCAAGCUGAAGUUAGAGCUCACCAUCAACAAAAAUACAGGAACACUGCUGAUGUUUUGUGGGAAGCUAUAGCUAACGGUCAAUUUCUUUCAUUGUACCAAGGUCUUGGGACCAAAAAUUUGCAGUCUUUUAUUUCACAGUUCAUCUAUUUUUAUGGAUAUAGCUUCUUUAAAAGGCUGUACUUGAAGAAAACUGGAAACAAGACUAUUGGGACUAAAGCAAAUUUGAUUGUUGGUGUUGCUGCUGGGGCAUGUACUGUUAUAAUUACACAGCCCUUGGAUACAGCAUCCUCGAGAAUGCAGACAAGCAAAUUCGGGAAAUCCAAAGGACUUUGGAAGUUGCUUUCGGAGAGCUCUUUGAGUGAAGCAUUUGAUGCUCUUGGCAUAUCUCUUCUCCUCACUACAAAUCCAUCCAUUCAGUAUACUGCAUUUGAUCAAUUGAAACAAAGGCUACUUAAGAGGCAGCUAAAGGAGAAAACCAGUAGAAACUCAUCCCCCGAAGCUCUUUCAGCUUUCUCUGCAUUUGUACUCGGUGCAGUCGCAAAGUGUAUCGCAACUUUCGUGACUUAUCCUGCUAUAAGGUGUAAGAUCACGAUUCAGGCUGCAGACUUGGACGACAACAAUGAAACUGAGGAAGCUGAAUCAAAAAAACAAAAGACGGUUUCGGGGGCACUCUAUACAAUAUGGAAAAGGGAAGGGCUGCUCGGUUUUUACAAAGGAAUAGAAGCACAAAUCUUGAAGACCGUUCUAAGCUCGGCAUUGCUUCUAAUGAUAAAGGAGAAGAUCUCAAAGACCACAUGGGUCUUAUUGCUUGCACUUAGAAGGUAUCUUUUCAUGACCCAAACUAGAUUAAAGAGUGCUUAAUGAAACUUUUUUAAAGAUUCAUGUUUCAACAACAAUAAGUUGUUCUAAACAGUACAAUUGUUUAAAGAUUGUAAGCAGCCUGGAAGUAAACUUCGUUUUCUAGAUAGCUUCAACUUGGAUUAUUUUCGAUUUUACGAUCAAUUGUCAAGUUAUAUACCUACGUUCGAGUACCAUCUAUGUAAACCAUGUUUAAUCGUGAGUUGAAUUGUUUGUACGAAUUAAA